GCUGUCAAACAUGGCCUUUGCCUCGAAUGCCUCGGAUGGACAACUUUACUGUCCCCUGCUUCAGAUGAUGAGGGACCAUGCACUCAACAACAACACUAAGGUCAACUUGGCGGUGGUUUGCAUCCACGGUCUGGUCUCUUGUCUGGGGAUUUUGGAGAACGCCCUCAUUAUCUGGGUGGUGGGUUUUCGUUUGAAGCGGCGAACCGUGGCCUCUGUCUGGGUGCUCAACCUGGCCAUGUCAGACUUCCUGGCCACUCUCACGCUCCCCCUCUUCACCUCCUACCUGAACUCUCCCCACAGCUGGGAGCUCGGCAAUCCGCUUUGCAAAGCACAGGCGUCCAUCUUUUUCCUGAACAUGUUCGUAUCAGCCUUCCUGCUUGCAGCCAUUUCCCUAGACCGCUUACUUCUGGCGACCAAACCAGUUUGGAGCCAGAAUCACCGUUCUGUGGCAGGAGCAUGGAAGGUGUGUGCUGUGGGCUGGUUGUGGGCAGCGAUGAAUACGCUACCCUACUUCCUGUUCCGCUCAGUCACUGAGAAAAGGGAUGGGAGGAAGUUAUGCUAUCAUAAUUUUGCGCUGUAUUUAUCCUCUGGGGCCACACUGGAGAGAGAUUGCAAUGUGAGGCAAGGAACCACUGCCAUUUCCAAGCUGGUGUUAGCAUUCCUGCUCCCCCUGGUGGUGGUUGUGGGGAGCUAUGUCAAAAUUGGUAUCAGCCUGAGGAACAGAGACAGGAGGAGGAAGCAGAGUUCCUGCAGGCUAAAUGAUACACUGAUUGUGUCAAACAAAGAUGGAGAGGCAGAAAUCCCGAAAACCACAAAAAAUGUCUUUCUCAAGCCUCUAAACACUGGUCCACCUUUAACUCUGGCAGAGUUGACCCCCACCACCCCAAGUCAGAUGUAUCCAAGUCAGCUGUCCCAGAGUUUUACCAAAAUGGUGACAUCUGUGAUUGCGGCAUUUGCACUGUGCUGGGCUCCUUAUCAUAUCUUCUGCAUGAUCGAAAUUAUAGCCCAUCACAAGGAGGAAAGUCUCAAACUGGUGGAGGUGGGACUGCCCUUAGCUACAACCUUUGCAUUCCUAAACCCACUGUUGAACCCCAUCCUGUAUGCCUUCAGCUGCCCACACUUCUGCGUGAGGAUACGACAGAGUCUGGGAGCAGUGUUUGAUGGGCUGGUAGAGGAAGGAGGAGGACUGUUGAUGGCACCUGGGAGAAGUUUAAGGGCUCAUAUGAGGCGGAAGAGCAGUAAAGAUGUGAGCUUCACAACGCCAGGAUCACCAAAGUCUCCCCACUUUCAGUCAGCUGACAUCCAACCCCCACUUCCACAACAUUUUCCCACUGAAGGCCUUAAAGACGGUCGCGUGGAGUACCCAGGACAAGAGUCAAAGAGUGAGGUGGAGCCAAGUUGAGACAGAAUUGGAUUUUUGGUUUUAUACUCACUGAAGGGCUUGAGUUAUAUUUGAACAUAUCUUAUGUGUCCUAAUUUACAGAGACGAAAAAACUGUGGCUACCACAAAAAGUAUUUGUGGUCCAUCAUUUCCUCCUUGGAUUCCCAGGAAAUGUUCAGACAUUUGCACUGCUUGGACGUUGAAUCUUACAGACUUUGCUGCUUGCCUAAGUUUUUUUCCUCCAUCACUAUGAGAUUGACAAUUUUGAGGUUCAUUGAAUUACCUUCAAAAGCUAUUGGAUGGAUUUUAGUGAAUUUUGACAAAAACAUUCAUUAUCCACAAAUGAUGAAUUGCAGUAACCUCGGUGAUCUCCAAACUGUGUACCUGUGUUAUCAAGGUAGCAUUUUGCUGUUACUUAGUUUUAUCCACUGUUUUGGUUUAUGAAAAACUAAUAUACAUGCUGAUAAUAGCAGCUUUAAACAGCUCUGUGAGUAGAUGACAUGAGUAGUUUUAACUGUCUUUACACCAGCAGAAUGAGUUACAAAGAUUGAGGUUAAACUUUUACAUUUAUUACACACAAUGCCUCCUCAGGAUUAAUCGUGAAAGUGUUAGCUAUAAAUUUAGCAGCAUCGUGAGGUUCAAAUUUCAGAUCACUUAAUAUAUUUAUUGCUUAAUGCUUUAUUGCCAAAGGAAAAUUCUUUUUAUUUGUCUAUUAUUUUUAUAUUAAAUUGAAAAACAAUCA